UCCCCCAUGGCUCCAGGGGUAGAAGAGAGCUAAAGUCUCAGAAAAAGGAAUCCACAGUGUCAACAGGCCAAGUUUGAAUUUGGGCAGGAGAUCAGCCUGGGUGGGCCCCAUGAGUGUGCCAGUCUGAUAUGGUGAGAUAAGCCUGGGACAGAUGGGCUGCCACAUUCGUGACUAGAAAAGAGUCCCCAGGAAUCUCUGGCUCCUGCCUUCAGAUUGUGAUCUUUCCAGGUUGGUAGAUCAGCUUAGGUAGAACAGUUCUCGGUGAGGGCCAGCUACAUACCUGCCUAAGCGCUGCCUACUGUGGGAGGCAGAAAAGCUGAUCACCCGGGACCUGAUCUCUAGGACUCAGAAGCACUUGGAGGAAGGCCUGUUCACUCAGAAGCAGUUACCAGUGCUGAGCAGUGUCCUCCAAGUGCCAGAGAAGUGCUGUGGAGAAACGAAGUCCAUGGAAGCCAGGAGAUGGGCAAGGUGGGGCCUGGGGUUGGAGAGAGCUCAGAGAUUUUGCCUCCUCAAGGUGAAUGCGGCUUCAAGGGGCCAUCUUUGUGCUCUUGCCCCAUCUGGGGCCCAUCCUGGUCUGGCUGUUCACUCGUGAUCACAUGUCUGGCUGGUGUGAGGGCCCGAGAAUGCUGUCCUGGUGCCCAUUCUACAAAGUCUUAUUGCUUGUACAGACAGCCAUCUACUCUAUCGUGGGCUACGCCUCCUACCUGCUGUGGAAGGACCUGGGAGGGGGCUUGGGGUGGCCCCUGGCCCUGCCUCUUGGCCUCUAUGCUGUUCAGCUCACCAUCAGCUGGACUGUCCUGGUUCUCUUUUCCACAGUCCACAACCCUGGUCUGGCCCUGCUGCACCUGCUGCUGCUGUAUGGGCUGGUGGUGAGCACAGCACUGAUCUGGCAUCCCAUCAACAAACUGGCUGCCCUGCUACUGCUGCCCUACCUAGCCUGGCUCACCGUGACUUCAGCCCUCACCUACCACCUGUGGAGGGACAGCCUUUGUCCAGCACACCAGCCUCAGCCCAUGGAGAAGAGUGACUGAGGCCCUAGGGCACGGGAGAGGAGGGACGGCCAGGGUGGGGAGUGGAGUUAGGGUUCACCCCAAUGGGACCACCCUCCUGGGUCCCCUGGUGCCGUUUUUCCUUAGAAAUCAGAGAAAUGGGAAAGAGGGGGGAAACUGAUUUUACACUUAAAUAAUAAAAUCCUAUUAGUAAAUCUGAA